AGUGCCAUUUUCCAUUUGGCUUCCGCAGAAUGUAACACAAAAACAGCACCGCUACACCAAAAGUCAAAUACAAAAUUAACCAUUGAUGCGAUGCGUUCGCGGUUUAGAGCUUUCUCUCAAAUGGGGUUCUCUAGAAAAGUUCGCACAGCAAAUAAUUAUCCAGUGAACUCCCAAGCAGCAAGUGAAAAAAUGGAGAAGAGUAUCUACACUAUUCUAACCAUGGACCGUUGGGACUCGCUCAAUCAUAUGGGGUAUAAAAUGGCUUCACUGAGGCCAAUUCAUGGGAAGUUAGCUUUGAAAUUUUUGAACUGGUUUAUUAAGCAACCCGGUUUAGAAUUCAGUCACAUUAUUCAUAUGUAUGGUAUAACUACCCACAUACUCGUUAGAGCUAGAAUGCAUGACUAUGUUAAGUCAAUUUUGAGGCAUUUAUCUGACAUAGGUGUUACGCCAAGUUCUGUUUUUGAGUCUCUUAUGGAUACAUAUCGUCUUUGUAGUUCGAACCCUUCUGUUUUUGAUGUUUUAAUUAGGGUUUAUGUGAGAAAAGGUACACUUAAUUAUGCUCUUCAGAUUUUCCAUUUGAUGAGUUCUCGAGCAUUUAAACCAUCGGUUUACACUUGUAAUAUGCUCUUAGCAGCGAUGGGGAAGCAGCAGAAUGCUGAGUGUGUAUGGUCGUUUUUCAAAGAAAUGAUUGCUAAACAUGUUUGCCCUAAUGUUGGUACAUUCAAUAUACUUUUACAAGUUCUUUGUGCCAAAGGAAAGGUCAAGAGAGCGAGUUAUUUGCUUGCGAAGAUGGUAGAGAGUGGUUAUAUCCCUGAUGUGGUUACUUAUAAUACUUUGCUUAAUUGGUAUUGCAAAAAGGGCAGGUAUAAAGAAGCUUUAGAAUUGAUCGAUUGCAUGAAUUCUAAGGGUCUUGAGGCUGAUGUUUGUACGUACAAUAUGUUUAUAGAUGACUUAUGUAGGAAUAAUAGGAGUUCUAAAGGUUAUUUACUAUUGAGGAAGAUGAGGAAGAGAUUGAUUGUUCCGAAUCAUAUCACUUAUAACACUCUUAUUAACGGGUUUGUGAAAGAGGGUAAGAUUGAUGUUGCAAUGAAGAUUUUUCAUGAGAUGCUGACAUUAAAUCUUUCACCAAAUUGUAUAACUUUCAAUGCUUUGAUUGAUGGGCAUUGUCUAGCAGGCAAUCUUAAAGAGGCUCAAGAAAUGCUGAAUGAAAUGGAGCUAAGAGGUUUAACGCCCAAUGAAGUUAGUUAUGGGGCUCUCUUGAACGGUUUCUGCAAGCAUGGCAUAUUAGAUUCUGCAAGAAAUAUCCUCAAGAAGAUGAAGUUUGAUGGAUUAUCUCCUAAUCAUAUUGCAUAUACAAUGUUAAUAGAAGGGAUGUGCAAAAUGGGGUCACUUGGAGAAGUUGUACCUUUACUUGAGGAAAUGUUUGAGAGGGGUAUAUGUCUUGAUGUUGUUGCAUACUCGGUGCUUCUAAAUGGAUUUUGUAAAGCUGGAAUGCUAAAUACAGCAAUGGAGAUAUUAAGUAAGAUGUACAGGUUUGGUGUUUUUCCAAACGAUGUGGUAUACUCUACUUUGAUCUACAACUUCUGUAAGCAGCAAGAUCCCCUAAAAGCAAUCAGAGUCUAUGCAAUGAUGCAAAAAUCAGGCCAUAGUCCUAACACUUUCAUAUGCAACUCACUAAUAUCUUCUCUUUGUACUUGUGGAAGAGUAAGAGAGGCAGAGGAUUUCAUGCGUCACAUGCAUAAGAUUGGUCUUGUUCCCAGUUCUAUUGCUUUUACUUCUGUUAUUGAUUGCUACGGAAGUGUAGGUGAAGGGUUAAAAGCACUAUCCUGGUUUGACGAAAUGAUUAACUUGGGUAGUCAGCCUAGCUUGUACACCUAUGCAAGCUUACUAAAGGGAAUAUGCAGAGGAGGAAACCUUACAGAGGCACUUGGGUUUUUUGAUAGACUCCGUGGAAUUUGCUGUGCUACAGAUGUUGUUGUCUACAACUCAUUGCUGGCUGAGCUCUGUAAGUUAGGCCACUUGCACAUGGCGUUAAUCCUUAUCGAUGAGAUGGUUCAGAAUAACGUGCUCCCUGAUAGUCAUACAUACACCAAUCUCCUAGCUGGCUUGUGUGGGAAGGAUAAGUUGGUUGCUGCAAUUCUUCUGUUGGGAAGAGCAUUAAAUAGAGGAAACCCCUCUUCAAACCAGGUCAUGUAUACGUGCAUCAUUGAUGGUCUUUUCAAGAGUGGCUUGCCUAAGGUUGCCCAUUACUUCUAUGAUGAGAUGACAAGGAGUGGACUUACCCCAGAUACAGUGGCACUGAAUGUGAUGAUGGAUGGUUACACAAAACAUGGUCAAAUGGAUAAGGUUAGCAGUUUCAUUUCUACAAUGAGACAGAGAAAUCAAAUGCCUUCCUUGGCUACAUACAAUAUUCUAUUACGAGGCUACUCGAGACAGAAAAACAUAUCUGAGUGCUCUAAGUUGUAUCAGUCACUUAGAAAAAAAGGUUUUGCUCCAGAUAAAUUAACAUGCCAUUAUGUGAUUUGUGGACUCUGUGAGUCGAGCCUGCUGGAUAUUGGAGUUAAGUUUAUGAUAAAGAUUAUUGUGGGAGGAACAGUGGCAGAUAAAUUCACAUUCAGCAUGAUUAUCAGUAAAUAUAGUGAAAGGGGUGAGAUGAAGAAGGCCCUUGAUCUACUUACUUUAAUGACUGCCGUUGGUGUUUCUCCUGAUGGAGACACUUACAACUCAAUAUUUAAGGGACUGAAAAGAACAUUGGACUUCGAAAAUUCACGUCGUCUCUUGCAUAAAAUGUUCGAAGAGGGCUUCAUCCCAAUUGACAGACAAUAUAGUAAUCUAAUCACUAGUAUGUGUAAAGUUGGAGAUGUAAAAGGAGCAUUCAAAGUAAAAGAUGAAAUGGAGUUGUUAGGUGUUAGUUCCCGUAAUGUAGCUGAGGGUGCGAUUAUACGGGGGCUUGUGCAUCGUGGGAAGAUGGAGGAAGCAAUGCUGGUACUUGAAUGUAUGCUUCGGGUGCAUCUAAUUCCAACUGUUGCCACGUUCACAACUGUUAUGCAUGGACUUUGCAAAAGUUCUAAGGUCUCUGAGGCCUUAAAAUUGAAAGCUACAAUGGAUCUUCAUGGUGCAAAGGCAGAUGUUAUUGUUUACAAUGUCCUGAUAACGGGCCUUUGUGCUGGUGGCUGUAUUGAUCAUGCGUUUGAUCUCUAUGAGGAGCUGAAAGAGAGGAGUCUGUGUCCCAAUGUUACAACUUUUACAGUUCUUGUCAAUGCCGUCUGUUCUGCAAACGAUCUUGCAAAGGGUGAAAGUCUUCUAAGUGAUCUGCAAGAGAGAGGAUUGGCAGGCGAAUAUUCAAGCACCGAAGCCUUAUGUGAAAGAUUGACAGUCGUGAGGGAGAAGCUAAAUGCUUUAAGAAAGAAGAAAAAGAAAAGAAGCUAAGUAUUGCUGUAGAAAGAACGAAAAGCUGAUCAAUUUAACACUGGGAACAUUUAUCUUGCUUGCUGGAGAUAAGGUCUCCAUGGCAGUCGGUCUCUAACUUAAACCAGCUUCAAUAAUUGAAAUCAGGCUAUCUGAUACAUCUGCAGCUUGAACUUUGGUCGCUUCUACCUUUUGAAGGCUAUUUCUGCGUUUGAUAUCCUUUUAGAUAUCCGUCAUACAAGGUGGUUAUAAGAAUUAUUCUGCAGUUCACGAGGUGGUGUACUGUAUACCGACACUGAUCUGUCAGAAUAGCUUAUGUGCUCUAGCAAGAUGUAUAGAGUUGAAAUCUUGCAUAAAUCACAGGGGAGCUUCAGCAUUACUAUAAAGAAGGCCAAUUGUGAAACAUAGCUGCUGUUCUCCGACUCUCUGCUAAAGUUCGAACAAAUCCUGCCUCCACCGACUUUCUGAAGUAGAGAUAAGGACUUGUUGAGUAUCGGAGUAUUGGAUGCUGAGAAGUCAUGAUCUUAAAGGUCAUGAUAUACGUUCAUCAGCCCAGCUUGUUCUCGAUUUGCUAGAAAAUGAACUCAGUAGCAAUGGCAGAUGCACUUCUUCUCAGACAGCUUACUGAGACCUCAUCAUAUCUGCGAAUUCUCAACAAGGCAGCUCCUUGAUAUACGGUGUACCGCAACAUCUUUAACAUAUGUAAACCUAAUAAUGAAGGCAUGCAGCUGCAUAAAGAUGUGGGUCAUCAACUUGCAGCCAUAUCUGAGGCAAUAGGAGGAAGUCUGGCGGAGAGAUAAAAUGUGAAAUGCCCAUUUGGUUUAGCUUAUUUUCUUUAUGCAGCAGACGAUUGUCUUUGUUCCCUUGGCAGAUAGAAAAUGUAGGCCAAAUACAUAGAUGGCCCCCUAAACUUGUCCCGAUAUUCUACCUGGCCACCUAAACUUGGCUAUGACCAUUUGAACACUUUAACUAUACCAAAACUGUCUCAUUUUGACACACUUUGCUUA